UAUUGCUAUUGUAUCAAAUUGAAUUGCUAUUCAAAACAAUAGUUUGUCUAUUGCUUGUCAAUUAUAAGAAUAGUUAGGAUAGUUGCUAUUUGCACUCAAGUAGUGUCAAUGCACAAAAAAAAAGGUUGUACUUUUCUUAUUAGAUAUCUAGUGCAACCACAGGUUUAUCCUUUAAAAGUGCAGUUCUCACAGGCUCUGAAAAUACGCAAUCUUCCUUUCCCAUCGAAUCUUUCUUUUUCAAUUUUGAGUGAAAAGUUUCUUCUUCUUGUUAUGUCUUCCUUUAUGGAUGAUGAAGAGAUCACUCAGGAAGAUGCUUGGACUGUAAUUUCUUCAUACUUUGAAGAAAAGGGUCUCGUGAGACAACAACUAGACUCUUUUGAUGAGUUUGUUACUAAUACCAUGCAAGAAAUUGUGGACUCUCAACCAGACCUCGUGUUAACUGCUGAGCCGCAAUAUUUACCUGGUCAACGUUCGGAAGACUUGGAUAAACGAUAUGUGGUAUCUUUUGGACAGUUGAGUUUGUCAAAACCAACUUUUACAGAAGACACAGGUGAAACGAGACCUUUAUAUCCUAAUCAAGCAAGACUUCGAAACCUUACCUAUAGUUCCGCUUUAUAUUGUGACGUUACUGUAACUGAAGUCAAUUUAGAAAGUGGCAAAGAAGAAACUUCACAACAUCCCCCUAUUCGAGUUUUCUUGGGAAGAAUUCCUAUUAUGCUCAAGUCACAGUUUUGUCACUUGUAUAAUUUAGAGCCUUGGGACUUGGCAGAAUUGGGAGAGUGUCCAUAUGAUCAAGGAGGUUAUUUUGUGAUUAAUGGAAGCGAAAAAGUGAUUAUUGCACAGGAAAGGAUGACUUCUAACCAUGUUUUUGUAUUUAAGCGCUCGCAACCUUCGAAAUAUUCUUACGUAGCAGAGUGUCGUUCAGCUCCAGAUUCUGGAAAUAGGCCACCUUCUUUGCUCCAAGUUAAACUUCUUAGAGGUGGAGCAAAGGGUAUUUCUGGUCAAUAUAUU